AUGAGUGCUGAGCAGGAUCCUUUAUUGGCCGCUUUUGAAGGAAAUGCCAGUGGUGAGAGAAACGGCGAGGAUGGAGGGGACGCAACAGCUUCAAACCCUCCAAGCCAACCUCAGGAGCAAGAUUUGGCUCAAGAAGCUCGCCAGCGGGCUUUGGCAAGCUUUCGUAAAAAAAUCGCGGAGCACAGACGAUACGAGGACCAACUCAAAAGCAAGCGUCAGGGAAUUCGCGACAUGGAGCGUGAAUACGAACGCACUGAAACCGAUAUCAAAGCAUUGCAGAGUAUCGGACAGCUUGUAGGAGAGGUGAUGAAAGAGCUGUCGGAGGAAAAAUACAUUGUCAAAGCGUCGUCAGGACCUCGGUAUAUUGUCGGUGUGCGUAACUCGGUGGAUCGGCAAAAACUCAAAAAGGGAGUGCGUGUUACUCUCGAUAUUACGACACUCACUAUUAUGCGCGUGUUGCCCCGCGAAACAGACCCUCUAGUCUACAAUAUGACCUCGUUUGAAGCGGGUGAAAUCACUUUUGAGGGGAUUGGUGGGCUAACGGACCAAAUUCGGGAACUACGCGAAGUUAUAGAGCUGCCAUUGAAAAACCCUGAAAUUUUCCAGAGAGUCGGUAUCAAGUCUCCGAAGGGAGUUCUUUUGUAUGGGCCUCCGGGUACUGGUAAGACUUUGCUGGCAAAAGCUGUAGCGGCUACCAUUGGCGCCAAUUUUAUUUUCUCGCCUGCCUCGGGUAUUGUCGACAAAUACAUUGGUGAAUCAGCCCGUAUCAUUCGUGAGAUGUUCGCGUACGCUAAAGAACACGAGCCCUGUAUUAUUUUCAUGGACGAAGUCGAUGCCAUUGGUGGUAGAAGAUUUAGCGAAGGUACCUCUGCAGACCGUGAAAUUCAACGUACUUUGAUGGAGUUACUGACACAAAUGGAUGGUUUCGACAAUUUGGGCCAAACUAAAAUCAUAAUGGCCACCAACAGACCAGACACAUUAGAUCCUGCUCUUCUGAGACCGGGUAGACUGGAUCGGAAGAUAGAGAUUAGUCUGCCCAACGAGACAGGCAGGUUCGAAAUUUUCAAAAUCCACAGUGCGAAGGUGAAGAAGUCAGGCGAGUUUGACUUCGAAGCAGCGGUGAAAAUGAGUGAUGGGUUCAACGGUGCCGAUAUUCGCAACUGUAUCACGGAGGCUGGGUUCUUCGCUAUUCGCGACGAUCGUGAAUACAUUGUUCAAGAAGACUUAAUGAAGGCAGUGAGAAAGGUGGCAGAGGUCAAGAAGCUUGAGGGUAAAAUCGAGUACCAGAAGCUUUGA